AUGUUGUUCCUUGUACUCGCUAGCUGCCUCGUGCUGCUUGCCUGGGUGUGCCGGGAGGUGUUCUUUGCUCCUCUGUCAAACCUACUAGGACUCUUCCUGGCUCGGUUUACGGUACUCCGGGAAUUUGCCAGCGUAUACCGCGGCCGCUAUGAGCUGGAAAACAUUCAGCUUCAUCGAAGAUACGGAAAUGGGUCAGUUGUUCGCCUUGCCCCUGGUUGGUAUAGCUUGAACACCCCAGGCGCCGCAGCCGAACUUGACCGCCAUGUCACUAAACGCCGGAAAAUCGCUUCGCUGUAUUCGAUGACGGCGAUAUUAUUAUUCGAAGCUGUCAUUGAUCGUAAGGCAGAAGCCCUCUGCUGUCGCUUCAAGGAGUUUGCAGCCACAGGACAGUUAUUUGAUGUGCGGUGCUGGAUGCAAUUUUUUGCCUUUGAUGUCAUUGGAGAGAUAUCUGUAUGUCCUAGAUGGGACCACAAUGGCAUUCUAAAAGCUAUCAGGCACACAAUCCUCUACGGGGCACAUAUGGGGAUUUUCUCUUGGCUACAUUGGCAUGUAGCUACCUUCGCACAGGACCGGCUGGGGAAAGACACAAUUCUCACGAAGUUGCUACAAUGGCAGGCAGAGAAAAAGCGAAAUGUCACCCGGCUAGAUAUUUUCAACACCGUGGGUAGUAAUAUAGCUGCGGGAAUGGACACCAUUGCUAUUUCACUCGGGACAGCAAUGUAUAUGCUGCUGAAACAUCCCUCGGCAUUGCGAAAGCUCCGUGAGGAGAUUGAUGGCUUCGCGGUCAAUGAGCAGAUCAAUACAUCAUUUUUGUUUAAACAAGCUAGUCACAUGCCAUAUCUCCAGGCAUGUAUUAAAGAAACCUUCCGGAUCCAUCCCCCAAUAUCAUAUUCUCUUGUUCGCAUUGUACCCGAAACGGGAGCUGUGAUUGAUGGGACCUUCUUCCCCCCAGAGACAACGGUUGGAGUUAAUCCUUGGGCCCUACAUUAUAAUGAGCAGAUUUUCGGUCCGGACGCCUCCGUAUUUCGCCCCGAAAGGUGGAUGCAAGAUCAUGAGACGAUUCUAAAGUUCAGUUGUGGGGCGUACAUGUGCCUUGGCAAAAGCCUUGCGCAACUUGAGAUGUCAAAGCUUUUGCCUCAGUUGUUCAGAAUAUUCAACUUCAAGCUCGUGGAUUACGAUCGACCCUGGCAUACUUCUUCGGCAUGGCUUGUUGAACAAACCUACAGAUGUACAGUGAGCACGAGGGAUGGAUAG